AUGGAGUCCCCCACCAAGGAGAUCGAGGAAUUCGAGAGCAACUCUCUGAAAUACCUGCAGCCGGAGCAGAUCGAGAAGAUUUGGCUGCGUCUAAGAGGACUGAGAAAAUACAAGAAGACAUCUCAGAGGCUGCGGUCUUUGGUGAAGCAACUGGAGAGAGGAGAGGCCUCCGUUGUUGACCUCAAAAAGAAUUUGGACUAUGCCGCCACGGUGCUUGAAUCUGUGUACAUCGAUGAGACCCGGCGUCUCCUGGACACCGAAGAUGAGCUCAGUGACAUCCAGUCGGAUGCUGUGCCCUCUGAAGUCCGGGAUUGGCUGGCCUCCACCUUCACGCGGCAGAUGGGGAUGAUGCUCAGAAGGAGCGAGGAGAAGCCGAGGUUCAAGACCAUCGUCCACGCGGUGCAGGCUGGGAUAUUCGUCGAAAGAAUGUACAGACGGACGUCGAACAUGGUCGGACUUAGCUAUCCUCCUGCUGUGAUUGAAGCGUUGAAGAAUGUAGAUACGUGGUCCUUCGAUGUGUUUACCCUGAACGAUGCCAGUGGAGAUCACGCGCUGAAAUUCAUUUUCUACGAACUGCUCACACGUUAUGAUCUGAUCAGUCGUUUCAAGAUUCCGAUCUCGGCUUUGGUUUCAUUUGUGGAAGCCCUGGAGGUGGGCUACAGCAAACACAAAAACCCAUAUCACAACCUGAUGCAUGCAGCCGACGUGACCCAGACCGUCCACUAUCUGCUAUACAAGACAGGGGUGGUGAACUGGCUGACGGAGCUGGAGAUCUUCGCAAUCAUCUUCUCGGCCGCCAUCCACGACUACGAGCACACCGGCACUACCAACAACUUCCACAUCCAGACGCGUUCUGAUACGGCCAUCCUGUACAAUGACAGAUCAGUCCUCGAGAGUCAUCACGUGAGCGCAGCCUACCGCCUUCUGCAAGAGGACGAGGAAAUGAAUAUUUUGUCCAAUCUCUCCAAAGAAGACUGGAGGGAAUUCCGCACCCUGGUGAUUGAAAUGGUCAUGGCGACUGACAUGUCUUGCCACUUCCAGCAGAUCAAGGCAAUGAAGAGCGCUCUCCAGCAGCCAGAAGAGAUCGACAAGCCGAAAGCCUUAUCUUUGAUGCUGCACACGGCAGAUAUUAGCCAUCCGGCCAAGGCCUGGGACCUUCACCAUCGCUGGACCAUGUCCCUGCUGGAGGAGUUCUUCCAACAGGGCGACAAGGAGGCUGAACUUGGACUUCCCUUCUCGCCCCUGUGUGACCGCAAAUCCACCAUGGUGGCCCAAUCUCAAGUAGGCUUUAUCGAUUUCAUCGUGGAACCCACGUUCACAGUGCUGACCGACAUGACAGAGAAGAUCGUCACUCCACUCCUUGAUGAGCCCCCCCAGACAGGGGCCACCGGGCAAAGACGUUCCAGUCUCAACAACCUCAGCCCUUCAGAAGCCAAGAGGAGCAGCGUGAAGAGCACCAGCUCUGAAGGAAGCAGCUCACUCAACAGCUCUGUCCUCGCCGUCGACUACAAAACCUUCAAGGCCACCUGGACGGAGGUUGUGCACGUGAACCGCGAGCGCUGGAAAGCCAAGGUGCCCAAAGAAGAGAAAGCCAAGAGGGAAGCUGAGGAGAAAGCCCGCUUAGCGGCGGAAGAGAAGACAAAAGGGGCAGAAGCAAAGACUCAAGGUGAAGAAGGUGCAUCGGGAAAGACGGAAAAGAAAAAGCCUCAAGUUGGGGAAAACAAAGACCCGGAAAGCCACAAAAGACAAGGGAGUGGCCCGCACACUAAUCAGAGUGAUUCCUCCCUCGGGAAAAAUCCAGCCAGAGCAGAAAAGCCAUCUGGGGAGAAGAAGAAAGUACAGAACGGUGAAUUACAGGGCGAUAAGAACAAGAUGAAACAGUCCAGUUCUGGAAGCGACUCUAAGAAGACAGAUGAUACGGAAGAGUAAAAAAAAAAAAAUCCUUAUUCCCCAAAACCAAGACCGAACAUGUCUUUCACCAAUUUAGCUGAGUCUUCUCCACCCUUCUCUCCUUCUUCCUUCACAAAGACUGUUGUUUGAGGAAGACAGCCACCUCUCAAACACCAAACAAACACACCCCAGAGCGGCCUCCUCCUCCUCUUCCUCUUCCUUCUCUUCCUCCUCCUGCUCGCUCACAGCGAAUGACUCUUAAGGGGCUUCGGAAGGGGCCUUAACGCUCCUGGGGAGGGGGCUAUAUCUCCCCAUACAGAAGAGGCCCAUAUCAGGACUCCUGGCUAUGACUCCACCUUGGGCAGAGGGGGCGUCACAUGCUUGCGAUAGGGAAGCGAUACACUGAAAGAGGCUUGGAAUAUCCCCAAACCAUUAUUAUUAUCCUUAACAUUGAAUAUUGUUAUUAUUGCUGUUAUUAUUAUUAUUAUUAUCAUUGUACUUAUGAUUGUGGCGGUGAUUAUUUUGAGACAUCUUUAUUGCACUGGUUUCCGGCCUGGGGCAGGAAGCUGUCUCCUGGUUUAACUACCAUCCGGAGGGCCUGGUGUUUUGCCAGAUGGAUGUUGAAUUCAGACUCCCCUUCACCAUUUCCCUCAGGCCCCGGAGACAGGGGAUUGGGGGGAAUGGCUGACCCGCUCUUCUCAGAGCUCCUCUGGAGGAGCGUUCUAAAGAGGUCCUCUGUCCUUUGGGAACCUUUAUCUGACCCUGGAUUCCUCUGGGGUCAGGUUUUUAGUAGCAUACCAGUGAGAGAGCCCCCCCACAUCUCAGACAUGUCAUUUGUUAGGGUACCAACCCCAUUUCCCUUUCCCCAAAAGGGGCUUAACUCUCCACUUCCCCACGCUCACUGUGAGGGAGAAGCCAGGAGACUAGGGAGGAACACAGAUGGACUCUCCUCAUUCAGCUCAGUGGGAUCGAUUUUCUAAACCCCCUGGGAAACUUUUACAGAAGAGAUUAAAGAAAAGUAGAAUGAAGUCUCGGAGUAGACAGGGAGAUCAGACAACCUUUAGGGGGUGAGCGCGAAGGCGUGAGGAAGCAUCUGAGGAGAGGAGACCCCCGGUUUUAACUCUUCAGAGAGGUUAGGAGGGGCCAGAGACACACCCUGAUGUCUGUGUCGUUGUUUCUAUUUUGUGUGAGAAUGCAGUUAAAAUUCAUUCUUCCCAGUGGGGUGGAGGGUGUCGUAGGGUGGUCUGGGCUUUGGUCCGGACUUUCCCAGAGGUUCUCAUUGGAACAGAGAAAGUAAAUCCAACCCUACUUCCAACCCCAGUGAGGCUGGGACAGGUAAUUGAGACCUCACCUCCACCCCUCGACCCCAUUCCAGGUAAGGUAGCCUAACCAGAGGUGAAAGAGAGAAGCAGUGGGCCCUAGUGGAUAGAGCAUGGGCCUG